AUGUUCUAUGAUGAGACUGGCACUGUGACACAAAAAGCCAAGUCGCGCGUCAGUAAAUCAAUUUCAGGGGGCAGCACUCUCCGGCAGUUAACACCCCCACCACGAAUGCAGUUACUUGUGGAUCCUCCUUGUGUUCGUGCGAUUAACCUGUUCACAACUGCUUAUGCUGGCGGGACUUAUCUCGAUUGGCUACCCACUCUUUAUUUGCCUCAUGGACGACCUGCUUCACUGGAGGCUAGCUUCGAAGCCGUUGCUCUUGGGUAUAUGGCAAAUGAGCAGCAUCGAGGAGAUUUGCGAGUUUUAGCCCAAGAAAAAUAUGGGAUUGGGUUGCAGCACACGAUGAAUGCUCUUCAAGGGUCACAAUCUGCAACUCCGGAGACCGUGGCUUCGGUUUUAUUAUUGGCGUUAUUUGCCGUCCUUUCGUCAGAGUCGUACCAUGACGCACAAAAUGUUUGGUCCAAGCAUAUUCAUGGGAUCUUGGCAAUACUAGAAUCAUGCUCACUUUCCACAAUGUUUCAAAAUCAUGCUGGUCAGAGACUUCUCCAUCAUAUCAUUUCUGUGGUUCAGAUAGACUGCUUACAGCGCCGUCUGCCUCUACCUCCUCAGCUUCAAUUUUUGUAUUCAGUCUCUUGGAUAAAUGAGAGUGUUCAGACGGCAAAUUUCUGGGAGGUCCUUGGUCGAGUUGCCCUGCUGAAUACGCAGUUCGAAGAGUCUGCAGUCUCACUUCUCUACAUUGCGCAGCUACAAGAAGUGGAUAAGAAUGUUCACUCUCUAUUGGAACUGAUGCCCCAAUUAUUUCCCGAUGAAUUUGCUUACUGUGAUAUCACGGAAAGCCAGAAUAUUGAUGGCAGUCAAAGUGACUAUCGCCCUCCGGUCCACAGCUUCAGCAGCUUUCGAGUUGCUCAAACUUGGAACACGCUGCGAAUGACACGGCUGUUUAAUGCCAACUUACUUGAGUCGAGCAUUAUUGCCUACCUAUCUCAUGGCUUUGGGGUAGCAGAAUAUGACGAGGAGACGUUACUUGGAUCACUCAGUGAAACAUCUACUAUUGCCCGGCAAACAGCAGUUGCAAUCUGCGCCAGUGUGCCGGAAUUCAUGAGGCCGGAUGCCUGGGUCAAUGACCCAAGCAAAUCUUUUCUGUUUUCUGGAUGGGCAAGCUCUCUCAUAUGGCCACUGAGCCUAGCCAGAGCUUCUUCACAUGGCUCAGAGGAACUGCAGAAUUAUAUAGACAGGCAGAUGUGCGUCUUGAGGACUAUCACCGGGAUGAACGCCAUGCGCCAAGAACGUCUUUCGCCAGACCACGACAAAAACUGGUAA